UUAUCUUUUACUGACUUUAUUAUUUAAAAUCUAUCUUUUUUUCUCUUUCUUUCUUUCUUACUUUAUUUAUUUAAAAUGAUAGAACGUCGAGUGAAUAGCUUACGUUGGUCUCGAACUUUGAGUAGAAUUCAAAACAAUAAUUCACUAAUAGAUAAUAACAUAGUACAAAGGUUUACAAUACAAACAUACAUAUUUAUUAUGAUUAACAAACAAUGAUACACAUCCAUCUGAUAAUUUGAAACAAUCAUGGCCUGCACAACAAGACGAAUUAAAUGCAGUGCCAAGAAAAAGAAAUAAUUCACUUAUUCCAGUAGAACUCAUGAUGAAUAAUAGUGGAGAAGGUGGUAGAGAAUGUGUUGCGUUAGCAACCGUAUUUGGUGUACCUGAAUACAUUGACUCUAAAGUCUUUUGGGAAAGACAACGUGAUGAAUCAAAAAAUAAGCCAGUCCAACAACAUCCUAUUAUUAUUUCUGUUAAUCAUGAAUUAGACCCAAAUCAAACUUUAUCAAAACUUGAUAUUGAACACAACGAAAUUCGAUCUAAAUUGUUUAUUUCGUCCUACAUGGACUCUGUUCUGGACUCUGUAGGUUCUAAUGAUCUUUUAAAGAGUCCAUCCUUUUUAACUGAAACACCAACACCGUCACCGUCACCGACACCUACUAAAAGCUUCUCCUUACCUCGUAUCCCUUCUGUUAGUCUAUUUGAUGAUGUUUCUAUAGAAAAUAAAAACAACUCUGUUCCACUUGAAUUUACAGUGCCUAAAGACUGUUCUCAGAUAGAUCAAACAGAAGUAGAAUCUACAAGCUUCUCUAGUACGAAAACACCUUUACUUCUUGUUGGACCACCAGAGAUUUUUGACUUGAUUUUGUCAGACCAGGAUGAACGAUUCAUCAUUUGGGGUCCCGAUCCUAUCAUACUCUCUUCUUCAAUGGCAACGACCUCCUUUGAAAGAUCAUCAUCAUCAUCAUCUUAUGCAGUAUUGUGUAAUAAUCAAAAUAAGCGACCUGAAUUAAAGGGGUUCUCAUCUAAUAUCACCAUGAGUCAGAAAUCAUCGUUAUCAAGAUUUAAAUCCUCGUCAGUCAGAUUACCAAAUUGGUCUGAAACUCUUAAAAAACGUUGGCAAAAUUCUUCUCACUAUCGUCAGCAAAGUAUGUUUAUUAAAAGGGCAUUAAAACAAAAUAAUGAAGAUGAUGUGACAAAUAAAAUCGAUGAAAUACCCAAGGUGAUUGAAGCAGCUACCAUUCAUAAACUUGUAGAGAAAUUGACAAGUACUUUAGAUUAUACAUUUAUGACAGAUUUCUUUUUGACUUAUAGAGACUUUGUAACCUCAGAGGAUCUUUGUCAACUUAUUAUAUCAAGGUUUUAUUGGGCUUUAAAAAAUGAUGAUGAAUCAAGAAGAAUUGUUAGAAUUAGAACAUUUGUAGUUCUUCGUCAUUGGUUAAAUAACUAUUUUGUUCAUGAUUUUGUUGGUAAUAGAGCCCUUCGUAUCCUCUUUACACAAUUUCUUAAUUCUCUCCCUUAUCAUCCACUCAUUAAACAAUCAUUACGUGAUCAACGUAUUGUCAAGAUUUUAAAAUGUGUUGUACGACGCUUAAAAAAGUUGUAUUACAGAGAAUCAUCGCAUGUCAAGGUCAUCGCACCUCCUCCACCUACAGCUGAACAAGAACAAAUGAGUGAACUCGUACGUGCAAAACUUUCUCAGAGUGCGAUUAGACGAAGGGCAGCAGGGAUCGAUUUUAGUAGCGAUUAUCAUGGUAACAUGGCCAUUCAAGAUACACGUUAUGCCCCCGUUCUUGUAGUCGGUAGUCUUCAUAAGAAACCCUCUGUAAGCUUGAUAGAUUCUGGAGUCGCUGAUUUUUCACCAAGUCAGUUAGUCAAUAAAUUAUCAUUCAAUAAUAAUAAAAUUCAAAAUAAUAACUCUAACUCUAUUAAAACAGAUCAGACUCCAACUCAUCAAAGUCAACUUCUUGUCUCUCAUUCUCAUACGGAUGACAUGAGUUCUUCUUCUAUUAAAAGAUCAAUGAUGGACGAUCCUGUCGCUUCUUAUGCUGAUUCACUUGAAAGUGAACUUACUGCAGGUGAAACAACAGUAUUCAAUCUAUCCGAUGAUUCAGAUGACGAUUUUGAUAUCUAUCAUGAUUACUUUCAUCAUGUUGAAGAAGAAGAUGAACUCGAUCGACAUUGGCUACAAGAACAACAAGAAACGAUGGCUUAUUUCAACUCUUUUACUGAUAUUCAACAACUUCCUUCUUCCACACUACUAGAUGCAUCGCUUGCUUUAAAACAAAAUAUAAAUGAAAUACAUAAAGUGGAGGAGACAAAUUCGGACAAAAUUAUAAAUCAAAAGGAAGAUAAUGACGAUGAUGAUGAUGGCGAUCAGCAACAACAACAACAACAACAACAACAACAACAACAACAACAGCCAAUAUUGAAAGUACGUCGUGUUCCAUCUGAGCGUUGGUGUAGAUCAUUAGAUAAUUCUACUGUAGAUCCUCAGCCACUUCCAAAUACAUCUUUACCUGUUGAACUUUUAAAGGAACUGAAUCAGGAUCUUGAGCAGCAUCCAGUGAUGCCUAUCAUUGGAUUAUCAAGAAAAUUAUCUAAAAAAAGUAUUGAAAAACGAAAGAGUGAAAGGAGUCUUCAGGGUUCAACCCCUUCUUCACCCCUAUCAACAGGAAUUCAACAGUCGUCAGAUAAUAUUCCAGAAUUACCCCCUUUACCACAAAGUCUUGUUCAUAGUGAUGUCCUUAAAUUAGUCAGCAGAUCGUCAUCAUCUACAAUAAAGACAAAAAGAAGAUCCUCUAUGAGUGUAAAAGAGGAUAUUCAUUUUGAAGCAAUACCCUAUGAGAGAACACAAGUUAUGUAUUCAUCUGAACGGAAGGAGGUUGCUGCUAAUCAUAAUCAACCUAAACUAUCAAAGGUCUUUCAUAAGAAUAAUCUGGAUCAAUUUGAUACUACUACAUCAAAUGAUAAAGAACAAUCUCUCAUUCUUCAAUCUGAUAUGCUUGUUCAUAGAUCUGAUGCCAUAGAUCAUGGGCAACAGCAAGUACCUAGUGGUCAUUUUGUAAGCUUAAUUGCUCAACGUCUGAAUAUGGAUGAUGAUGAUGAUGAUGAUAACAUAUCAAUAGCUCAUAAUAAUCUAGCUGCUACUGAUCAUCAUGAUGAUUCUUAUAGACUAAGUAUGAUGCUUAUUCAAGAUGAAGAACGUAGGCAAAGUUUUGAACUAAGACGUAAACGGGGUGCAAGUAUUGAUAUGAUAGACUACAUACGAACUGGUAAAUCUAUACAUAAAUCUGAAAAGGAUGAAGUGGAGGCACAGGCAACAGACAAUAGUAUCGUCGCAACAAGUUUGACAUCUUUAUCUGAAAAAUCAAUGACAACACCUUCAUGUUGUUUGUCAUUUGUUACUUCUGAUGUGGCGACAAAUCUGGAUUCACAGGUUCAAACGGCAAUAGCUCCUAAUGAUAUCGUCAGUAUAUCAUCCUCAUCUAAAGAAGCAGGCCCAAAAAUCAUGGAUGAAAGAGUCCUAAAGACUCUAACAAAGUGUACAUCAAUCUCAACUCCUCUUCCUAGACCUCUACUAUCUACUAGCAACAAUUGUCAACUAAACAGAUAUCAACCCUGUUUUAUCCUUUUUUAUAGAACAAGUAAAUUAGCGAGUCAACUAUGCUAUAUAGAACGAGAUGUAUUAGUCAAAGUUGGAUGGGAAGAAUUGAUUCAUUGUAGAUGGACUAAAAUGGAUCCAAACGGAAACGUUAUUCAAGUUACAGAACAAAACUCAACAAAUGAUACAACAACAACAACAAGACAACGAACCAAGGAACAAGGUAUUGAACAAGUCAUUCAACGAUUUAACACUGUUUGUCUUUGGGUAGCCUCAGAGAUUGUAACAACGAAAAGCAUACAUGAUCGAGUCAAAUUAAUUGAGAAAUUCGUUCGAUUAGCAAAGAAAUGCAAAAUAUAUUCUAAUUAUGCAACCUUAGUUCAAAUUUUAUUGGGUCUUCAAUCACCUGCCGUGGCACGACUGGAAAAGACAUGGUCAAAAGUGAGUUCUAAAUGUCAAAGGGAACUCGCAAAAUUGACUGAAUUUACAUCACCUAUAAAAAAUUGGAAACAUAUUCGAGAUAGCAUGACAGAAGUAGCUGAAGAAUAUGGUCAUUCACCUGCUGAAGUUCAGGUUGAAUUACCAGGCACUACGCGCAAAAUGAAAAAGACGACACGUAUCAAGAUGCCCUUUGGUGGCUGUAUUCCAUUCUUGGGCAUUUACUUGUCAGAUUUAGUCUUCAAUUCUGAGAACCCAAAGUUCUUGACACCCCAUUCUGAUAAUCAAAAGAUUUAUAAUGCAAAUACAACUACCAAGUUGCCAGCUGAAUUGUUAGAUCAACCUUUAGUCAAUUUUCGAAAGCAUCGUGUGAUAGCUACUGUGAUUAAACGAGUCUUGGUCUUUCAAGGACUAGCAAUGCGAUAUUCAUUUGAUGAAGACCUUGUAUUAUUGGAAAAAUGUAGAAAUAUUCAGGCCUUAGAGGCCUCUAAAAUUAGAGAAUUGAGUGCUUCUCUUGAAUAGAAAUCUUUAUAUACAUACUAUUAAUUAUCAAAUAAACAUUAUUUAUUCGACUAUUAUAAAA